UCAGGAAUGGCAAGCGUGCCACGGGUAAAAGUACAGAUCUUUCCACUCCCAAGCUUAGGAAUGACACGUGGAUGUGAGGAACCAUCAUCCUAAAGCAAAGGAAAAUCUAUGCCUUGCCGCCUCCACAGCCCACCAGUGUUUAUGUUUCUUUGAUCUGCUUCUCGAUUCCCUGUGUAGUGUUGAAGCCAGGCAGACAUGGCAGUACUGGAAAGGGAACAUUCCCAACGUUCCACUUGAAGAGGUGUUGAUGCUUUGCUCUUUUCUCCGAAGUCAGUUCCAACCCAAAUCUCCCCACCACAGAUAGGGCCCACAUCCACUGGGAUUAUCUGUCACAUAUAUGCCACCAACCUCCAUUUUGACCUAAUGCUUAAGGUUCACAUGGCACCUGUGUCCAUGAUUCAUUCUGAUACUCAUGAAUAUGGGACAAAACUUCAAGUGUGCGAUUACAUUGAACCGAUCUACAUUUUUUCUCUAAAGUGUCAAGUUUGCACCAUAUAUUAUUUCCAGAUACUGUUCAUGGCGAAUAUGCCCUGCUGUAAUAGGACAAGGACGGCCAUUCUUCUCAUUAUUAUGUCCAGCAAUGGAAUAUUCUGACUUUAUAAAGUACCUUUAGAUACCUUCAAGACAAAAAACACCCCUUCCUUUGUCGUUGCUCUCAGUUACUCUCAAAUUCGAGAAUGAUAUUCUCUGACUUUCAUAAUACUCGCCGCUGCAUUGCACAUUUCUAAAUCUUUCAUUGCAGUAGAAAAAAACUUAACAUUUACAGCAAACUUAUGUCCUAGACACUCUACUAAGCCUUGAUAUACCUUUAUAUGGAAACUGCCCCAAUUAGAAUCAGAGUCCACAACUUCCUAUAUAUAUAUUAUAUAUGUAUAAUAUAUAUAAUAUGUAUAUAUAUACGUAUAAAACAUACAAAAAGUGGUAAAUAACUGCUGACAAUGAUGAUCAAUACGUUCUUUGUUUCUCAUUUUACACCUCAAAAAACUGAACUCUAGACAGGUUAAUUUGUCUAGUCACAAAGCUAGUCACUGAUAAAAUCAGGAUUCAUACCCAGGCCAGACUAACUCUAGUGAACACGUUCUGAGUAACUUCACCCAUUGUAAUUAAAUCCGGUGAUUAAUUCACUUCAAGUAAAGGGUCUUCAAGUAAUUAAUACUUAAAAAUUGUCCAAACACCUGUAAAUUGAAUUAUACUCCUUACGAAAGCCCUCCUAUAUUAUAUAUCAUCCAUUCAAAACAAAACUUACGAAAUGCCAUACUAGUAAAUAGUCCAUGUAGGCCACUAUGGUCUCUGACCAUAACACAACGUGACCCCCGUGGGGACGAUCUGUAUUAGCACCUCAAAAGAUGAUAAACCUAAUAUAAGCACUGUUUGAAUCCAUCUCAAUUUGCACAUGGUAGUAUUCCUUGGAGUUGAGGGAAACAAGUUUAUGUUCUGUGUAUUACAUUGCACCGUGUACCUCAGUUUAUCUUGAGUAUUUAAGAGAUUCAUAGUAGUUUAAGGAGUUCUGAAGUUUGUGAACAAGGUUCAUGUGCAGAAAAAUGUUCUCUAGUCAAAUAAAUUCGGGAAACGGUAAACAAAAUAAAGCCACCUUACUGUGUAACUUGCCACGGCUUUUACGACUAUAGAUUCCCAAACUUAUUUGACCAAAGAGACAGGUAGGGACAGGUGUUCCAGGAAUGAUAUUUUAGAGAAAUGGUGCUCAAUUCCUACAACCUGGUAUUUUGUGGUCUUUGAUCUCACGCUUUCCCAGGCACUUUCUGCUUCGGUAAGGAUGUUGUACUUUGAGCUCACAUGGCAGCUUCUCAGUCCCUUGGCCACUGCCCUUGCCUUUCACUGGGCCUUCAUGCUGUGUCUAAGUGGUAGCACACACAAGUCCAGGGUCAUGUGCUGGGGUUUGUUCCCAGGCUCAUGCUGCUGAUGCCCAGCAUGUUGGUCUUUAGGUCACAGCAGCACAUCACACUGCCUUUCUUCUGAGAAUAUUUUGUAGUGACUCAUGGGCCUCUUUGUAGUGAUUCAUAGUAACUCACACUAUCAUCUCCAAUUUGUUUGCCCUCUAUACCACUGGAAUCAUUCCCUUUUAAUGUCAGCAUAACCACUAAGAUUUCACUUUUCAUCCAAGACAAAUUUAAAUGUCAGGAUAUUGAUGGUUGUCUGUGAGUGAAUCUGUGAACUUGAAAUGAUACUGAAACCCUUAACACUUGGUUUCUAUUUUUUAUUAAAUGGCCACACUUCUUUUGUACUCAAAAUCCAGACAUUAAUAUACUUUAUGUUAACAUUCGUAUUUACUUGGUUUUUGUUUAUAUCUCUCUUUUCCAAAAGCCCUUGGGAAGAGGAGAGGGAGAAUGAUUGUGUCUACUAAAUGGAAAAAAAAAUAGCUUUCAAAAAAUAUGUAGUCAUAUAGUACACCUAGAGAAUCAAUCUCUACUCUUGUGUAUGUGAUAUUUAUCCAUUUCCCUUGUCAGCAUAUAUGUCCACCUACUCACAAGGACACUGACUAGUAUUUGAGACUUGGGGUGCCCAGUAGUGUAUCAUUCUUGUGAAUCAAAGAGCUUAUAAUACGGUCUUUGAAGGGAGACAGGACUUGUGAAAUAAGCAAAGCAAAUGUGCAAGGCAAUUUAAAUUAGGGGCCAAAAUAUGAGUAAGAGCUUAGACAUAAAUGCUGCAGUGGUCCUAAAAGGCAUACAGAAAAUGGCCCGUGGAAGCAUAUUAGGCAAGGAGAAAGCAAGAGCAAACCUUUGGAGCUAGUAAUGAGCCUAGUAUUUAGGGGAAAAUUAGUCUCAAAUACAGUGGUAGUGGUGCUUCCUAGAAUUGGUGACAGAUAGGAUGUAGCAACUGAACAAGAUGAAGUCCAAGAUAACUGAGAGAAACUGGGAUUUGGCGAAGGGGAAGGGGUUCCACUUUAGGUGAGUUUGGAAGGAGAGAGGCCUAGAAGGUUAGGAUGGGCUCAGAGUCACCUCCAUUCAGGAUACAAUGGCUGAAGCAACCAUAAUGCUCUGAAAUUAACCACCGAGAUAAGAUCAUUUCCUAACUCUAUAAAAGAUAUUUUCUACUUUUAGGGAUGGUGAACUAACAGUUGUUAAGGGGGGAAAAAUCAGACUCAGAUUGUUGUCCUUGAAAAGAGGAUUUGGUUUAGUUCAGUUAGUUCUUUCUAGCUUUUUCCUGGGCUGCAUCAUCCUCUGUUCUGGCAUCUCAUUUGCUGUGGACAGUCUCAGUUUAAUGGCUUAACAACCUCCAAAGGUGUGUGGCAGCUCCUCUUCUACCUAAAGGCCACCCAAGGGGAACAGGAGGCCUUUGUUUUGUGGGGGCAGAUCCCCCAAUGCUGUAUCUGUGCUGUCAGAGGUAGAAAUACAGUGAAAUUGUGCCGUGACAGUAGAAGCCAGGUACAAAGAGAUCCUUAUGGGGUUAGAGCCUAAUCUGUGUGAUGGAAGGAUUUUGCCCAGUACCUUUGCUUCCUUUACACCAAAGAGCAGAGGGGUUUUUCUGGCCCUCUGACUUGGGAAAUCAGAAUUUAAACGCACACCUCUAUGGAGAAAUGGGCUCCUGUGACAUCCUGAAGCAUUAUUAAAAUGAAGCAAGGACCUAGAUGGAUAACUAUCAUUUGCUCUCAGCCUCAAAUCACCAUGAUCGCCAAGGUGUUUUGCAGCUUUAGAAUUCCAUGAAGCUAUCUUAAAUAUUUUCCCUAACAUGAAAACCCCCUUCUGGAAAUGCCCAACUGGCAUAAGUAACCUUUCUAAGUAAGCUGACAAAUAGGUCGUUUGUCUUAAAACAAACUUUUAAUUUCAAUUUAGCAACGCACAUAAUUCAGCCUUCACAAUCUUUUAAAAAUGGAGCUGUUUGGAAGGGACUUUUACCUGGGAGAUAUGGCACACCCAGGUCCGUUGUUAUACUGCUUUCUUGCCCAAUUGAGUGCCCUUAGCACCCUGCUGUGCACACUCCGUUGCUAACCACACUUGGUCAGAUGCUGCUUUGUAAAUGCAAAGAUUGGGAGACCACUGCCUGGCUUCCUGAGGAGCUGCGUGCUUUGCAGUCAACAGUUAGCAUUACCCAAGACACUGCUGAGCGUCACUUCAGUGUCCUGCAGGCAGCUUCAGAUGGCCUCGGCUCUGUUUAGGCUGUGCAAGUAGACGUGUAUGAGUUUUGGUUCUGGUUGGUGUUGCUAGUACCGGGUCACCUUGCUCACUGGCGAGUUCAUUCAAACCCAAAAAGUCACACCUGUGUCCUGUGCGCGGGUGCUGCAGGCUUAGGUGGAGAAAAGCAGGGCUAGAAUUGGAACCCAAAGCCCAGAAUGGCAGGAGAGGAUGCAGGGGCUCCACCCGAUCACCUCUGGGUUCACCAAGAGGGUAUCUACCGCGACGAAUACCAGCGCACGUGGGUGGCCGUCGUGGAAGAGGAGACGAGUUUCCUAAGGGCACGAGUCCAGCAAGUUCAGGUUCCCUUAGGUGACGCAGCUAGGCCGAGUCACCUUCUUACCUCCCAGCUACCUCUCAUGUGGCAACUCUACCCUGAGGAGCGCUACAUGGAUAACAACUCUCGCUUGUGGCAGAUCCAGCAUCAUUUAAUGGUCAGGGGAGUACAGGAGCUGUUGCUUAAGCUUUUGCCUGAUGAUUAACCUGGUGCUGGGAUUCUAGGAAGAUAUGCUCCUCUGUUCUGUUCAGUACAUGGCAAUCACUUCAUCCACCACUGCAGUGCACCCACCUGUGGGCC